UAACAGCAUCCAGAUAACAGCACGAUGUCUUCACGUGGUUGGCGUUAUUUAGUCCCUUUUCUGCGCUCUAUGACAGCCUCUCUGGCUUUCCCUUCUUUUCCACCGCGUUUCCCUAGGAAUUCCAGUGUGCAAAAAACUUCAAGAUGGCCAAGUCCAAGAAUCACACAAAUCACAACCAGAACAAGAAGGCCCAUCGUAAUGGCAUCAAGCGCCCGCUGCGCAAACGCCACGAGUCCACUCUGGGUAUGGAUGUGAAAUUCCUGAUCAACCAGCGCUACGCACGCAAGGGAAACCUUUCCCGCGAGGAGUCCGUGAAGCGUUACAACGAGCGCAUCGCUUCCCAGAAGGGCAAGCCAAAGCCUGUUACUCUGUAGAUGAUUGCCCCGCUUGUGGAUAAUUAAAGGACAAUUCAGUUUAACAAA